GCGGCGCGGGGAGCUGAGUGGACCGCUCGAGACGGCGGCGCGUGCAGCAGCUCCUGAAAGCACAGAGCUGGCAGAGCAGGGCUGCAUCUUCCAGCAGAAGCUGCGAGCACAGUGAGGGCUCACAAGAUGCUCAAGGUGUCCGCCGUAUUGUGUGUGUGUGCAGCCGCUUGGUGCAGUCAGGCUCUCGCAGCGGCCGCCGCGGUGGUUGCGGCCGGGGGGCGGUCAGACGGCGGUAAUUUUCUGGAUGAUAAACAAUGGCUCACCACGAUCUCGCAGUAUGACAAGGAAGUUGGACAGUGGAACAAAUUCCGAGACGAUGAUUAUUUUCGCACUUGGAAUCCAGGAAAGGCCUUCGAUCAGGCUUUAGAUCCAGCUAAAGAUCCAUGCUUAAAGAUGAAAUGUAGUCGCCAUAAAGUAUGCAUCGCUCAAGAUUCUCACACAGCUGUCUGUGUUAGUCACCGGAGGCUUGCACACAGUAUGAAAGACACAGGAGUUGGCCAUAAACAUUGGAGGAGUCCUCUGUCAUCUAACUGCAAACCGUGCCCCAUGGUCCACACCAGCCCUGUUUGUGGUUCCGAUGGUCACACUUACUCUUCCCAGUGCAAACUAGAGUAUCAAGCAUGUGUCUUAAGGAAACAGAUCUCAGUCAAAUGUGAAGGACAUUGCCCCUGCCCUUCUGAAAUAUCUACAAGUACAAGCAGAAUUGAUAAAAGAACAUGUAGUGACCUGGAGUUCAGAGAAGUGGCAAACAGACUGCGGGACUGGUUCAAGGCCCUUCAUGAAAGUGGGAGCCAAAACAAGAAAACAAAGCCAUUACUGAGGCCUGAGAGAAGCAGAUUUGAUACAAGCAUUUUACCAAUUUGUAAGGAUUCACUUGGCUGGAUGUUUAACAGACUUGAUACAAACUAUGACCUGCUACUGGACCAGUCAGAGCUGGGGAGCAUUUACCUUGAUAAGAAUGAACAGUGUACCAAGGCAUUCUUCAACUCUUGUGACACAUACAAGGACAGUUUGAUAUCUAACAAUGAAUGGUGUUAUUGCUUCCAGAGACAGCAAGACCCACCUUGCCAGACGGAGUUCAGCAAUAUUCAGAAGCGGCAAGGGGUAAAGAAGCUCCUAGGACAGUACCUUCCCCUUUGUGAUGAAGAUGGUUACUACAAGCCAACACAAUGCCAUGGCAGUCUUGGGCAGUGUUGGUGCGUUGACAGAUAUGGAAAUGAACUCAUGGGAUCCAGAACAACUGGUGUUGCAGAUUGCGCUAUUGAUUUUGAGAUCUCAGGAGAUUUUGCAAGUGGAGAUUUUCAUGAAUGGACUGAUGAUGAGGAUGAUGAAGAUGAUAUUAUGAAUGAUGAAGAUGAAAUGGAAGAUGACGAUGAAGAUGAAGGGGAUGAUGAUGAUGGUGGUGAUGACCAUGAUGGAUACAUUUGAUUGCUCACAGCAAAGAAAUAAAUUCUGCAUUCUAUUACUUGCAAAGUUAUAACCUAUUGAGAAUUAUCUUCUUACCCUAAAAGAAAAUCAUUCUGAAACUCACAUAUUUUAUACAAUUAACUAUUUCAACUAAAGUAAUAGAAUAUUGUGUUUAAGUAAGAAUCACUUAGUUUGAGAGUUUAUAUGCCUUAGAGAGAAAGGAAACAUGUGUGGAAUCCAGUUAGACUGAAGAAAGUUAUAAGUAGCUACUGAUAUGAACAACUUUACAUAAGAACAAACAACAUAAAUCUCGCACAGACCUGUGCUUCAAGUAAAAUGUGUCAUUUUCUAACUGAUAUUUAAGUUUCAUUUACAGUAAUUUCUUCAUAAUCCAGGUACCAGGAAUUUUAUAAACAUAUGCAUGCCUUAAUUACAAUUACAAACAAGUAUCUUCCCAGAGAAUGAGUUCAAGCUGAAAUGAAAGUACAUACCACAAGGUAAGAAAAAAGUGAAAAUUGUAAACUCUACAUUAUAUUUAUAUUAAAAAUAAAGUUUUUGGCUGUGAAAUUAUCCUGUAUCUGAUAAAAUAUUUUUAAAAUGGGAAGUGUGGAAAAACCAUAGAUUCUGAAACCUAAAAACUGAGUUGUCCUUUCUAAAUUUUUAUUUUACUUUAGAUGACAGUUUUAAUUGGAUUUUUUUUAUAAACUUAAAACAGCAUGAUUUCUUUACCUUCUGUAUUUUUGUUAUUUUCUGACCAGCAAGUUAGGGUGCAAAAUUUCAAGUAGGAAGACAGAAUGAAAGAUUUCACAAGUAGUUGGUCAUUCACACUAAUGUAAAAUUUAAAAAUCUUAGUUCUUAUUUUAAACAGUACUUUGCAUUCAACAUUACAUUGUCAUUUUUGUCACUAGUAUUGUCACUUAGAGAACAUAUUGUAUGGUUCCUUGCAGUAUAGAAAAUAGAAAAGUUUAGCAUGCAUACCGAUAUAGGAUAUUAAGCAUAUAUAAGCACACCUAAUGAAUAAAUUAAUACCAGUAAGGGUAUUGCUGCUGGAAUGAUGAAAAUGGAAUAUGUUUUUUCUUUGUAUCUAUUGUUACAUAAUUGCCAUGUGAAGUGGUUUAUAGUUAUUGUGUAGAGUAGCAUUUGAAUUUAACUGUAACAAAAUUAUGUUAAUUGCUGUAUUUAUGUUAGCAUGUUAAUUAAUUGAGUAGCCUUUUUGGAACAACAUUGCUUUUAAGUAUAUCAGGCCUAUGGUUUUGUGCCCAUAAUAAAAAUGAUAAAAUCUGUUGAAUGUUACACAUUGAUAUUGUAAUUUAAAUAGUGUAUUUACUGGCUUCCCAACAUUUAAUCGAAUAUUAAAUUGGUGGAUCAUUCCCAUUUGUUUUAUACACUCUAUAAAAGAAUUUUAUCAAUGAUUAUAUGUAGUAUUUAAAGUAUAAUGCUUUUUCUUUUUACUGUCUAUGUAUAGUUUACAAAUAAAGAGUCUUGUAACCACAAACUGUUAUUUAAUAAUUAUCUGGAAAAUAUAUAUUAGCACUAAAUAUUCCUAAUCUAUCCUUUUAAUUUAUAAAAGUAAGUGUAUCACACAAUUAAAGAGGUUACACACCAGUGGAGCAAGUGUGAGGUUCUAAGUUUUAUCCCUAACUGCAUGUAUACGUAAGAGAGAUAAUCUAGUUCUCUCUCGCUCUCAUUCAAAUUAGUGAGGAAAGUUUUGCAAAAUUUUGAAAUCAAAGCUCUUGGCACCUUGAGUAUCAGUUUUCUAAAUAUGUUAAAAUGAUUUUUUGUUUUGAUGUUUUAGCUCUUCAUUUGUCAGAAAUUACAAAGGUAAUUUUCUUGGAUGGAUAUUUUAAGCCCAUUUUUGUUGCAUCAUAGUACAUUUAUCUAUAUGCAACAUUUCUAAAGAAACAUUUUUGAAGAGUCAUAGAAUAACCUUGUAUAUGAAAAAUACAUUGGAAUCAUAAUGUACAACUUGUUAAUAGGCUGAAAAAAAGAUAGAAAACCACUAAGGUUUAUCCACUAAAAUUUAUAUAGAGAUGUACCAUUGAAAUUAAAGUAAUCAAUAUAGUGGUCUUAAAUUAAACUGUAUUUAAAGAAAUGUUCACUAAUGGAACAGAUUGAGUACUUUAUUCUAUGUAUAAAUAUUUGCAUAUUAACAUUUUAUAUUAAAGAAAAUGUAAAUGUAACUAUCUUAAAUAUUAAUCCAUACAGCCUGUUCAUAGCAUAUUCAUAAUGAGUUUAUAGAGUUUCAUAAAUAAUUUUCUUUGAAGCAAACACCUCAAUGGUACAUUUUAGACAAAAUAAAUAAUAUCUUGGCUGUAUAUAGUAGGUCAGUUGGGGCCCAGUCCUUGAUAUAUUUUGUGAGAUGUUGGAUAAGUGAGAGAAAAUUAAAGAAACUAAAGCAAGCCAAAUAGAAACAUCACUGUCAAUGUGUUUCUUGUAGUACAUAAAAGCAUUUGUGCACACAUGCACACACACAUACUAAGAUCAAUGUCUAUAACAAUUUUAAAUAGGUCAGUUCACAUUUAUUUGUAGACUAUUCAUCUUGAAUGAAAUAUGCUAUCAUAGUUCACAUCAUAUAUUCUCAAAUGCAGAAAAGGAACACUUCUAAAAUAUCUACAUAGGCAUAAAUAUGCAAAUAAAUGAAAAUGUCAUUCCUGUGUUGUUUUAUUUCAACAAUAUUUUAAACUUACAAUAUUGUCUUAAGUCACUGCACAUUCUAUCAACACCAACUGGUAUUGGCGUUAAUAUAGUUUAAAAAAUAAAAGUAAGGUAUUUCAUUCAAUGUGGCAUAUAUUUUCACAGGAAAUAAUGACAAUUUUUAUUUCCAUAACUCAAAAUAUUUCAUUAUUUCUAAUUUCACUUCAUGAAACUUUUAUCAGUGGUUGAUUCAACAAGUGUUUCAGAGAACAUUUUAGCAUUUGCUAAGUACAAUAAUGUGUAUUAUCUCUCCUGGGGUAAAGCAGUUAGAAUAGUUUUUUGGAGUAAUCACUAUAUCUUCCUUGAUUGUAUAUGAAUUUCUACCAUUUUUGUGCUACGUAAUGUCUCUUUUACUUAUUUGAUAUGUUCCUCAAUAAAAAUUUUACCUAGAAAAUAAAUACAUUGUGAAAUGACUUAAAUUAAAAAUGACAAAUUAUAAGCGAACAUAUGAAUAAAAUAUCUUCUGUCAGUGUAACUCAUAGUAUUCAUGUUCAAACUUUUUGCAAUCUUGGGAAUUUAAUUUAUUUUUAUUGAUCAAGCAACCUAUAGUUUUUGAACCACAUAUACACCUGUGUUUGAGCUCUAAGUGUCUCAUCUUUCUCAACAAUCAACCAUAGCUUAAUAUACUUUCCCAAGAGGAUUGAUGUAAGUGAAAUAUUAUAUACUAACAUAGGAACUUUGUGUAUGUCAAAUAAAGGUAUCUAUUAAAUGUUA